CGCGGAUGCAGAAUCAGGAGGAGUCUGCUCGUUGAAUUCGAGUGGCUGGCCACCGCCUUCCAUUCGCCCCCCCCCCCUUCCCCUCCGCCCGUUGCUGCAGGAGUCCUCUCCCCCACUGACUGGAUACAUGAAGAAUUACCCGUAAACGACAUCUUCCCUGCAAUAAUGGGCCGCCAGCUAAUUACUGCGUUGACGUGUUGAUAUAAAGAUAUUUCAGAUAUCAAAUAUGAAUCAUGCAUUUGAUAUUUCUGGCAAAUUUGCUCGUGAGCAUUCUUGCGUCCUGGCUCCAUCCAUCCAUAGCGGCAAUUGUUUCUCAAGGAGGAGAGAAUGAGGUGGUGGAGAGGGACGCAGUGUCAUUAUUGUCGGAGCGAGAGGCAACUGCAGCAGCGGCCACAGGCAACACAAGUCACCGUGCGGCUGAGCAUGUGAUCACCUACCCCUCUCGGCUCAUCUACUACCUGAACGAGGACUCAGAGAGCACCUACCAUGACCUGGACACCCGGGCUAGGAGCCAGGUCACAGAGGGUCAUGACCAGGCGGUCCACCUUGCUCAAGCCAGUUUCCAGUUAGAGGCCUUUGGCUCCAGAUUUGUACUGGACCUAACGUUAAACAAUGACUUGUUGUCGUCGGAUUAUGUGGAGAUCCACUAUGAGGAGGGUAAACCUGUUCUAUCAAAGGGUGGUGAGCACUGUUACUACCAUGGCCAGGUGAGGGGGGAAGAUGACUCUAAUGUGGCCUUGUCUACCUGCAAUGGGCUGCACGGAAUGUUUGAUGAUGGACUCUAUGUGUAUCUAAUUGAGCCUUUGCAACAGACUCACUCAAUUGAUACAGCUGCACGACCCCACUCUCUGCGCAGGAGGCCCACCCUCCAGAGGAACAAUGACCAAGAGGAACUGGUGGAGGAGGAGCAGCUGCUUUCGGAGCUGGAAGACAUGUCCUGGCUGAAGCGCAGGAAAAAGCGGGCUAUGCCUCGGAAUGUCUUUGAGGAAAUGAAGUAUUUGGAGAUUAUGAUUGUCAGUGACCACAAUAUGUAUAAGCGACACAAGGCCAAGCAGCACACCAGGAACUUUGCCAAGUCGGUGGUGAACUUUGUGGAUGCUAUCUUUAAGGAGCACCUGCACACACGGGUUGUUCUGGUUGCCGUGGAGAUAUGGACGGACAAGGACCACAUUCCCAUCAGUGUGAAGCCACUGGACAUGCUGAAAGAUUUCUCUAAGUACCGGGCGCAGAGCAUCAAGCAGCACGCUGACUCUGUGCACCUCUUCACCAAUGUGACCUUCCACUACCGCCGGAGCAGCGCAGCGUACUUCGGGGGCAUGUGCUCUGUGAGCCGUGGAGUAGGUGUAAACGAGUAUGGCACCACGUGGACCAUGGCUUCGUCACUCUCCCAGAGCUUGGCACAGAACCUCGGCAUCCAGUGGGAUCCAGCCGCCAAGAGAAAGGAAUGUGGCUGUGCCGACUCCUGGGUGGGCUGCAUCAUGGAGGAUACUGGGGUCCAGCAUCCCCGGAUGUUCUCCAAAUGCAGCAUCUCAGACUACAAGGAAUUCCUGCUGAAAGGCGGUGGAUCCUGUCUUUUUAACAGGCCAAACAAGCUGUUUGAAUCCACAGAGUGUGGGAAUGGAUACAUUGAGGUGGGAGAGGAGUGUGACUGCGGCGCUAGAUCUGAGUGCUACAAGGAGUGCUGCAAGAAGUGUUCCCUAGCUAAUGGUGCACAUUGUGCUGAUGGACCUUGCUGCAACAACACUUGUCUGUUCUACCCGCGAGGUUAUAGUUGUCGCUAUGCGGUGAAUGACUGUGACAUCUCAGAGACAUGCUCAGGAGACUCUGGCCAGUGCCCUCCUAACCUUCACAAACAAGAUGGCUACCACUGUCAAGUCGACCAGGGACGCUGCUAUGGUGGAGAGUGCAAGACCAGGGGGAACCAGUGCAAAUACCUCUGGGGUUCAAAGGCGGGAGGCUCCGAGAAGUUCUGCUAUGAGAAGCUCAAUACAGAGGGAACAGAGAAGGGAAACUGUGGGAAGGAUGGAGAGAAAUGGCUCCAGUGCAGCAAGCACGAUGUGUUCUGUGGGUCCCUGCUGUGCAGCAACAUAGGACGCAACCCCCGCAUCGGGAUGAUGAAGGGAGACAUCACCCCCACCUCCUUCAACCAUCAGGGCAGGCUGGUGGACUGCAGUGGUGGCCAUGUUCUUUUGGACGAUGAGACGGAUUUAGGCUACGUGGAGGACGGGACGCCCUGUGGGCCGUCCAUGAUGUGCCUUGACCGCAAGUGUCUGCCCAUCCAGUCCCUCAACAUGAGCGCCUGCCCCAGCGGGCCCAACAGCCAGGUGUGCUCAGCCCACGGGCAUGCGGUAACCAUUGAACCUGGGACGUAUUCACUUGUUAUGGAGCAUAGGUUAAUGAAGUCCUCCCUGCCCGCCUCUCUUGCUCCCUCUAUCAUACCUGGCCAGGUGUGUAACAAUGAGGCGACGUGCACCUGUGACACGACAUGGGCGGGGACAGACUGCAGCAUGCCCGACCCCCCCAAGGAGCCUGCACCCGCAGAAGAUGAAGGACCAAAGGUGAGCGUGGCAACUAACAGGCUGAUAGGGGCAGUAGCAGGGACCAUUCUGGCCCUGGGGGUGAUUUUUGGAGGCACGGGGUGGGGAGUAGAGUAAGCAUCUUUAUCCGUUUCCACAGCUCUUCCUCUCAUUGUGGUGCCUCAGUGUGCUGGCUGAGGGUCUCGUGACCCGGCCUGAGCCCGUGUGUGCGUCCUGGUGGCUUUGUCUCGUGUUGGUGGUGACCAUAUAAAUGUCAUGUGAUUGGAUGUUUCAGUGUCAUGUGAUUGAUCGAUGGAUUCCCCAUAUCCCGCCAUUUCCUGUUGUUCCCCCAUUAUUAUUAGUCUCCCUCUUCCUCUUUUUUUCCUCUUCUUCUUCUUCCUCUUCUUCUUCUUCUUCCUCUUCUUCCUAUUACUCGUCAUGUGGCUCCUCUUCUGAUCCUCUCCUUUCUGGGGCAUGUGGGGCAUGGAGAUAGACCCCAGUCAAGGGAAGUGAUUCGCAGUGAGAUAGCCUGUCUUUCAGUGGUGGGCUGUGUGGUGACUGGGACUGCCAAAUAGUGCCAUGUGGUCAUUUUCCACGAUUCAAAUCCUCAUAUAGAUCACCUAAGACAGAACCUUUAUGUAACCUGUCAUCGGAAGCUAAUGUAGGUUAGGGUGAGACUGUAGCUAGGUACAUGCCACCAUAAAGGAGUAAAACAACUCAGUUUAAGAUGAUACAGUAAGAGAGAGGUCUAUGGUCUCUGUGGUUUGCUGUGUGCUUAACCACCAUGUUUAUCGGGACCAUUGCUCUGCCCAACUUUUCAACUUAGUGGUCUGUCUUUUCAGAACCUCCGCCCGUAGACAAUAGACAAUAGGGUCCCUGAAAUGUAGACUUGACCUUUGAAUUUACAAGCAAAGUGCUACAUCACAUUCACGAUCACUACUACCAUGGUAACAUUAUUGUAGGAGGGCCUGAUGAGCAUGCAAAAAAUAUACCACAGACGUAAUCAGUCAGUUCAAUGGGUAUUCUCAUGCUAUGUGUUCUUGUUCUUAACAUCUGUGUAAGAUCAUCCAUGUGUAGAGAAAUGCCAUACGUGAGGCGCUCAUUGUCUUUCUCCCCCAUAACCCUUCGCAGGUCCUAGUGCCACCAAUCUUAUAAUAGGCUCCAUCGCCGGAGCCAUCCUGGUAGCUGCCAUAGUGCUGGGGGGGACUGGAUGGGGCUUUAAGUAAGGAACACGCCGCAUGUCUCUCCUACCGUGACUCUGGCAUCCCUGCUGCUGCUUAUAGACACCAGGGUUUGAGCUCCUGCUACAGAAUAUAGACCCAAGGGGACACACAAACAUACCUGAUAUGUACGUCAGGUCAACCACACAUAGACUUACAUAGUAAGCCGUGAACACACACUUAACAUAGACAUAUUUAAAGUAAUCUUGCCUGUGCUCAUGAUACUUAACAUUGUCUUAAAGUAACUGUCCAAGUGAAAAUCUCACUUUUAAAAGUUAAUAUUCUGCUAACUGAUACCCAAAUAAUGUUGUUGAGUCAUUUUAGACUCGUAUUUUUGGCCAAAGCAUAAAUUGGAGGGGAAAAAAACACUUAAAAAACCCCACUUCAAACUUGUAUCUCAAACAGGGCGUUUAAAAAAUGCUUGCUAUUUCCUCAUAGAGGAUGACGUCAUCCUCCUGAGGAGGCUCAGCUGGCCAAUCAAUAGUCUACUCGCAUUAAUAUUUUUAAUGACCAGUAUACGCCCACACAAUUCGAACACAGAAAAUAUGUUUUUUUUAACAGUACAAUUGGAAGGAAAACUAUUUAACACAUAUUUCAUAGAAAUCUGGAAACAUUGGACAGUUACUUUAAUAAAGGUCCACAUUCAGUAAUAUAGGGUGAUUAUCAUAGAGAUUAUGUUGGAGAGGUGGUGGGCAUCUGUGCGUCUGUGGCAGAACCUCAAACUGAUAAGACGGGCACAGCUCAAAGCUUGACGUGCAUGUUCAAUACAGUUACUAAACCGGCUGGUUAGGGCGGAAGGUAGCCUAGCGGUUAGAGUGUUGGGCCAGUAACAGAAAGGUUGCUGGUUUGAAUACCUGAGCCGUUAAGGUGAAACAUCUGUUGAUGUGUCCUUGAGCAAGGCACUUAAACCUAAUUUGCUCCAGGGGUGCUGUACUACUAUGGCUGACCCUGUAAAACAACACAUUUCACUGCACCUAUCUGGUGUAUGUGACAAUAUAACUUAUAUAAUUUUUUUUGGGGGGGGUAGCAGAAAAAUAAUUUUAUCAGUUUUAUAAGAGCACUUGUUCUUAUUACUAAUUUAGUCUAUGGAUUAAGAUGAUACCUCCUUUACACAUACUCUUCCAGAUUGUACAUGUCUACACUGAGCAUACCAAACAUUAGGAACACCUUCCUAAUAUUGAGUUGCAUCCCCACAAGCUGUUGAGUGUGAAAAACCCAGCAGCAUUGCAGUUCUUGACACAAACCGGCACCUACUACCAUACCCCGUUCAAAGGCACUAAAAUAUUUUGUCUUGCCCAUUCACCCUCUGAAUGGCACACACACAAUCCAUGUCUCAAUUGUCUCAAGGCUUAAUUAUCCUUCUUUAACCUGUCUCCUCCCCUUCAUCUACACUGAUUGAAGUGGAUUUGAAGUGGAACGAAUCAAUAAGCGAUCAUAGAUUUCACCUGGAUGCACCUGGUCAGUCUAUGUCAUUAAAAGAGCAGGUGUUCAUAAUGUUUUGUACACUCAGUGUAUAUACACAAUAUUCAAUUAGGGUAAAAAUGCUGUUUGGCUUUUAUUGUCAUUAAUCUUGCCGUGGAGGCAGCUCUGCAGAGUGGUCACUAUCUUGACAUCAAUAAGGGAUCAUAGCUUUCACCGGGAUUCACCUGGUCAGUCUAUGUUAUGGAAAGAGCAGGUGUUCUUAAAUGUUUUGUGUACUCAGUGUAAAAUACAUAGCCAGCUAGUUUACUGUGUGAUGCAGUAUGCUAUGUUCCCUAAUCUGAGGAAUCAAGUGCCAAUCGCUCGCUAGUAAGCCUGCUGUCUCAAGCAACAGGAGUGUUACACACCCUAAAUCUAAAGUAGGAGAAAUAAGGAGUUGAUAAGUGUUAUACUGCAGCAACCAAAGCAUGCCAGUUAGCAACGCAUCAUGUUUCUCACCCCAAAAAAUAUUUCUGCAUGUAGACUUGGUUGACUUGGAGAAGGUCAGUUCAUUGCACAAAGGCUGAGCCCAACUCAGGAUGACAUGCUCCUGGGUUACCAUACUCUUAUCACUACCAUAAUCUUUUUCUCAAUCUGGUACGAGGGUUCAAGGGUGAGAGUUUAAGCGGAAGUGGUGAGAGAGAAGCCAGGGCCAUAUUGUUGGCCGCAGCCUUUGUGCCAUGGCUGGCCACACCCACCUGGAUGGCCAGGCUCCGCCCUAGAGCAGAGCAGGACUCCUGGACCCGCCCACACCAGCUGCCAUUGCUGCCUGCUUCACAGACCUGGUACAGACACGGCGCAUUGAGCUGCAUGACCCACCACGCACAUCAAUAGUGCCACCUCCCACUGGCCUACUAUUGAAACAGGUGCAUGACAGACUGCUAGAAGCCCCACAUCAAGCCACAUUACGGGGAGGUUAUGCAUAACUCUCCUGUUGGUGUUAUCUUGUUGUUGGUGUUGUUGUCGUUGUUGUUGUUGUUGAUGUGCUGUUGUUGUCUCCUCUUUCCCCCUUUAAUAGAGUACAUUUUUGUUGGCUCUCUCUCUCCCCCCAGAUGGUAAUGUUUUGAAUGGAACUAAUAUAUUUUCCUGUCAGAGAUGGUAAUGAGAGAUUUGUGUCCUAUCCUUGUCCUUGUGUUUUGGAAAGCUAACUGUAUGCCACAUGGACUAGCACAGCCUCUUCUCAUUGCCUCCAGCACCAUAUUAUGGUUGCACAGUUGAAACACAAAAUGGAUGUCAUUACAAUGCAGAAGAAUUGACUCAUAGGUCAAUCGGAAAGACUUAACGACAGCAUUACACAUACCAAUAGUGAACAUAUCAAAUCAAUCUAGGGGGGAUCUAGUGACCUCACUGAAGCGCGUAGCUGCAGGGAGCGGUCCAGUGCGAAAGGAACAGAUAUGGCUCCUGUUGUCUAAGAGAUGAGUGUGGCUGCUUCUCCACGGUGCACUGACUGUACCACCAUCAUCAGUAAUAUACCAUGUAUUGAUCCCUGUCUUCUUUCCCCAACUCUCCCCUGAACGCGAAGAAAUGUGAAGAAGCGACGGUACGACCCCAACGCCAGUGCCAUAUAAGGCCGGAGGAGAGGUCGAAGGGCGCAGAGGGAUCCUCUGGACUGCACUUACAGCUGCUGAUUUUUGGCAUUAGAUUUACUUGAAAAAGAAAUAGAGGACAAUUUAACAAAUUCCAUCUUAGUCAUGUAGAAAUGCAGCCUUCUUCAACCCCACCCACCUAACAACCCCAUCCUGAUCUCUAGAGCCACAGAACUCCUCUCCUUUUCCUUUCAUCGUUAGUGCCAGUGCACAGGCGUUCAGGCGGAACUCACACCAUUAUAUUCUCUCACCAGGCAUGAUUUCCCGCACAGAGCGUGCAGCUCGCUGGCUCUGGCAUGAGGGGCCCUCGCUAAAGGACUUUGCAUGGCUACCAAAGCUAUGAACGACACACAGCAAAUCAACAAACAAAAAAAAAGAAGAGAGAAAUCACUACUGAAUCGUCAAAUGGAGGAGAAUAGCCUCAUUAAAAAACAAACACGGUGGUACCCUGAACAGGCUCCUCCUCCUUAGGUCACCACAAUGAGAGGAAGAGGGCUGCAUGCUAGAACCCAAAUGGGAAAUGCAGACCACAUUCAAUAAAUUGAAGCAUAUAUCGGGCAACAUUGUACAUAAAAGAGGAGAACGAGUUCAGAUUCUGAAUUAUAACAUAUCAUUUUACACUGACACACUCUUGCUUCUGUUUUAUCUUUAAGCAUGUUGUAUAGCGGGUGUUUUUGGCAAUGUUAAUGAAAAACAGUAACGCAAUUAUGAUUUGGGCCAAAAUGCUAUGGAUAACCAGACAUGUCAUAGUCUGUCUAUUAGGUGUUACCACGCGCUACAUUCUGUAUUUAUCCAAUAUAGAGGUCAAGGGUCAGGUUCAGUAUACACAGUACAGAUGAGAGGUCAGAUUUAGGGGUCUACAUGUGUCUUCUCUAGAGGUCAGGGGCACAGUGAUGGUGACAGAAAGAAUGAUCGCAGAUUAUCAAGUCUAUGACUGACGUCAUGGGGUUCCUUAAGUACUUCCAGUAGUGACUCAAAAGCCAAAGAAUCAAUCACGUGGAAUGUUUGGAUGUUGUCGCACACAGAGCACUUUCCCCUAUGUCUGCAGUCUGUGUGCCUCUCUCUCCCAGUGCUGCAGACAGGCAUGCAGUGUGUCCCUGCAGAUUAGUCCCAACUGUGUUACCAGGUGGUGUCACUAUUUAACAGUCCUCAUCAACACCCACUAUACUGGCUAGCUUGGCGCUCUCCAUAAACUCUUGCUAGAAAUCAAGUUCAGCUCUACUGGUACGCUGCAUGCAUUCACACUAUAGUGGGCUUAUAAUUCUAUAAGGGAGUCCCAAAAAUCCGCAAGCUAAAAUACGCUACAAAAGAUAGGUGCAUGUCAACAAACAAAACAUUUAACUUUUAUUUCUAUGCAAAGAAAGAUAUUGCACAAACUUAUGGGUUAUUAAAUGUAAUAAUGAUAUCAGUAUAAACAUGGAACAAAAACCUUUGCGAAUCAGACAACCUUUUGUAUUCGGCCACUCCCACAUCUCGUUUCAUUUAGCUUCAAAGUACUGAACUAAAGAAUGGAAAAGCAUAAUUGAAUUCAUAUGUCCAAGUGAAAAGAACAUCCUUUUACGUUUGUGGAAUCAAAGGAAAAUGUUAUUUUUGUGUGUUUUUCCACCAAUCUAAGAUGACAUUUCUAAUCUGACAUACUGUAUGUGCCGAGGCCUCAACAGGUUACUUUUCCAGGACUUUAGUUUCCAGCCCAGCUGACAGACAGACAGUUGGUGUGUUCCAGGUGCUGCCAUAGCACUGGCAUUGUGUAAACCUCCAUAUUAGUCAUCAUCUCGUGUCCCUAUCAACACUGCAUCAUGUACAGUUGGACCGACGAAUAAACUACUGAAGUAUUUUA